UUUGUACUAAAUUAAUCUGAACAAAUUUAUGUUGAUUCCAUUGCACAUGAUGCAUCCUUAUCUGAACCUAUUCAUUUUUUUCUUCCCGUAUCCGAUACGAAAAUUUAAUAGUAAACUAUGGUAAACUGCACGUAGAUGCUAGUGUUUGAUAGUGAUUGAUCUACAUAUUUUGACUGUGCAUAUAAUGGAACAACUUCCAGAGGAUGUGCAACAGCUUUUGGAGAAGAUUGUCGAGAAGAAACUGGAUGAGUUCUCAGUGAAUAUUCAUGAUCCAAACAGAAAAGGCUCUGGACAUUUGGGUGAAUUCUUUUUUGUAUCUUUGAAAGACAAAUCCUCUGAAAUGAAACACGACUUUGCCGUGAAAAGAAAUCUUGCUUGUGAAAGCAAUAAGUUCCAAAAAAUGAUAGAUCAUUGCUUUAAGCAUGAAAUAUAUUUCUACAAUUCGCUGUUACCAGCUUAUAGACAAAUGGAGCAAAAGUAUUCAGCCGAAAAGUUUGAUAAACUCUCAACGUUUUAUGGAGCAGACGAUACACAUAGUAUGUUCGUCCUCAACAACUUGAAACUAUCAGGAUUCAAGACUCAUGAAAAGCGAAUACCACUUGAUAAAGCCCACUAUGAACUAAUAUUUGAAACUUAUGGACGAUUGCAUGCAUUGUCGUUUGCCUUCCGUCAUUUCAACCCGGAAGAAUACGCUGCAGCCAAGGAUGUCUUCAAGAAUGGCAUUGAACUAUCUGCGUUCAUGACCAGCGCCGGUUUCGCAGAGGAGACGUCCAAGUGGAUUGGCAAUUCACCUGAACUGAACAAUUUGAUAGGAGACUUACUUGAAAACUUGAGAGAAAGCUAUUUCUAUAACGGGCAUUACGAGUUGUUGGUACAUGGGGAUUGCUGGAGUAAUAAUAUUAUGUUCAGCUAUGAUGAAACGAACAGAGUAAAAGACAUACGUCUCAUAGAUUUUCAAAUAUGCAGAACCGGCACUCCAGUUUUCGAUUUGUCUUACUGCUUCUACUCUGGGGCCUCUAAGGCGCUGCUGAGUCAACUGAAUUACUUUUUAGACGUUUACCACGAUUCCCUAUCAAGGAGUCUUGAACAAUUUGGCCUCAGCUCAGACGUUAUAUAUCCUAUGUCCGUUUUGAAAGAAGAAUGGAAAAAAUACUGCAAAUUCGGUUUUUUCUCAGCGACGAUAAUUUGGAAAAUAAAAAUGUUGCCAGACGAAGAAGCCCCGGACCUAACAAUGCCUGAAGACAAGGUCAUGGAAAAGUUUGGUGGUGAUCAGUUUAUUACCGAAGAGUACCUGGUCAAGAUUCAAGACUUAAUUGAUCAUCUGAAAGAAAACAAUUUCGUGUAAAAUAUUCUGUUCAUAUGCAGGUUCAGACUUGAGUCGAUUUUAAAAAAUGUCAGAGAAAACUACACAGCGUAGGGGAGAUAGUUUAUAUUUUUAAUAAAGUAGACACAUGGAUAUUUAAUUUUUUUGGUAAAUAAUAUCAGUAAG